AUAUUACACAAAAUUGGCGAAACUGGUGCCGAACCUUACAGUUAUUAUUCGCAUUAAAACGGCGAGUAAUAAAUCGCUUUCCAUUGGUUGAUUUUAGCAGCAAGUUGCCGGCCAACCAACUUGCACCGAAUCGACACUUUUUCGAUUGCCAUGGCGCCGACAGCAGGAACUCGCCUUCGCUUCAAGAACGCGCGCUCCAAGAAGCCGCAACAGGCCAAAAAAGUCCCAUCGCUCAAAAACCGCAUUCGAGGUCUCGAGCGUUUCCUCAGUCGCGGGGGCGUAGCUGAUGCCACGCGAAGAGCAAAGAAAGCGGAACUCGAGCAGCUCAAGGAGGAGCACGACAAGAAGGAGAAAACUGCGCUAGAAAGAAAGAAUGCAGAGAAGUACAAAAGACCGCGUUUUUUCGAGCGUGUGAAGGUCAUGCGCAAGCUGCGUCAGGCCAAGAAUCGCCUUGACCAGGCAACUGACGAUGCGGAACGCGCUGAACACGAGAAGAAGUUCAAGACGUACUGCAAGGAGAUGAUGUACAUUUACUACUACCCCAAAGCUGAACCCUACAUCUCGCUGUUCCCAUCUACACCUCACUCUGAGGAGGAUCAGAAGCGCCAGAAAGAGCUUCGUGCUGAGGCAAUUUCUCGCUUCGAGAAGGAACAGCCUACAGAAGAAUUCCACCAGUUCUGCUUCAAUGACGGUAAGUCGAAGGAUUCUACUUCUGCAAGUGAGAGACCGGCCGUGGAACUCUUGCUUAAGAAGCCUUCAAAGGAACAAACCAAGAAGCAGAAGAAAGCUCGUAGUAAACGGGACAAGUCUGGAGAGAAGACGAAGCAUACUCCCGCUCUUGUUGACCAAGACGACGAAAUGCCUGAUGCUCCAAACGCAACUAGUGACAAGGACGAUGAAGACGAAGAACAGGAAGAAGACGACUUUUUCCUGUGAACUCAAUUGCCAUAAAACCCGUCGAUUUGUUUACAGGAAUAUCGCAAUUGUACUUUCAGUGGUUGUUGGAAUUAUUACUAAUAGUCUUUACGCUGACGAGCAGGAGAACUUACAAAGGCUGUAGGAAAUGAGGAAAACUUGAAAAGUUGCUAGAUCAGGAUUGACGGGCCUGACACGUCUACUGUUUGCUGCUCUGAAUCGGUGAUCAUCUCAGCUUCCGCUUGGGACGCAGCAGCAAGGGCGUUCAUGUUUGUAAAACUGAAAGAUCUGAAGGCAUCUGAGAGUUUCGAGUCAUCGGGACUACCAUACAUCCCACUAGGAAAUCGAAAGAUGCUGUUGUUGUCUUCCGUCUGCUCGCCAUCGUCCACGCUCUCAGCCAUUCCAUCUAGCGUGCCUAGAGCUCCUGCGAUCCCCCACGACAUGUCCACAUCCGCUGU